AUGUACGCCGACGCCGGGUUCGGCUUCACCGCCGCCUACUCCCUCGCCCUCGCUUCCUCGCAGCCCCAGCAGCCUCCGCCGCCGCCGUUCGACUACGCCUUCUCCUCCGCGCCCGCGCCCGCGCCAUCCCUCCUCUCCAUGCCCGCCAUGGACCACGACGCCUUCGCCGCCUUCGCCGCCGCCGCCCUGCCGGUGCCGGACCUGCCCGCCGCCCACCUGGGGGACUUGGUACAGCCAUCCAUGGUAUCAGAAUAUGACCUCGGAGGAGAAGGGGACCUGUUCAAAGCUCCAGAAGCCAUCAUUGAAGAACCGCUGCUCAGCCUUGAUCCUGUCGCAGCUGCCUUUUCAAUGAUGACUGGCAAUGAAAGUGCAAUGGAACAAACUAUUAAGGAUGCAGGCAUCAGCACCAUCCAAAAUGACCCUCUCCUGAGUGAAGUGUUAUAUGAGUGCGAGAAGGAACUCAUGGAGAAGUCAGCAAUCGAAGAGACAAUUUCUGAACUUAUGGAUGUUAAGAUUCCUAUGCUGCAAGUUGAAGAAAUCCCAAGCCAAGAUGAACAAGUUCUUAUACAGACCCAACUCCCGGCCAUGGAGAAAGAGAAGCAAGGCGUUCCUGAAUGCUCGCUCCAGAAAAGUGUUAGUUCUGGAUGCCUCAACUCAGCAGAUUGGAUGAAUGGACCUGUCAGGCCAAACUUUCUAGACUUCCAAGGGCUGGACUUUGAGGCAGCGUUUGGGCUGAGGAGAGCUUACAGUGAAGGAGACAUUCAGAACCUUGGAGCCAACACGCCUCGACCAGCAGCGCACGCAGCAAAUGCUCAAACGUCUUGUGAGAGGCUUGUAACCAUCAGUGACCUCAAGACCGAAGAAAGGAAGCAAAAGCUUUCCAGGUAUAGAAAGAAGAAGAUCAAGCGGAACUUUGGCAGGAAGAUCAAGUAUGCUUGCAGGAAGGCUCUGGCAGACAGCCAGCCAAGAGUGCGAGGGAGGUUUGCCAAGAUCGAAGAAUGCGAGUUGCUAAAGCCAAGCGUUUAG